AUGCGGACCAAAGCCAUCAUCCUCGCCCUCUUCGCGGCAGCCACAGUCUCUGCCUCCAGAACAGGCCCCCUUCGCCCGCGCCAGAGCAGCAGCGCCUCCGCCGCCGCCGACUUCGGCUCGUGCACACCAACGAUGGACUUCCAGCUCGGCCGCGCGGGCCGCAAGGCCGACGAGGGCACCUUCCUGCCGACAGACCCCGUCGUCGCCCAGGGCCAGCAGGACGCCCUCAACCCCAGCAUCAUCAUGAACCGCAUCUGCGACCAGCUGACCAACGUCUGCGACGCCAACGAUGCGGCCGUCACCGCCUGCGAGGAUGCCCAGGCCUCGACUGAGGCUCUGGGAACGAAAGAUGCGUCGACUGCUGAUGCUUUCAACUCGGCUCUGGGCUUCUAG